AUGAAUUUUGGUGAUUCCAAGCUCCGCUAUGUCAAUACCAGCACUCCUCGACUAGUACAUACAAACUCCAAACAAUCUAUCACGGCAUCUGAUGACUACUAUUCGCUCACCUCCGAGGGAUCGAGCAAUAAUGAUGAUCGAAACAUCGUCCAGCGAUACCAGACCCCGCCAUUGCGUAUGCGAUCCGCUGAUCCAAGUCGAGACGCCCUACAAUCAGAAGCAACCAUUCCCACCGUCCGGCCGGUAAAGCACCAGGACCCAGGUGACGAUGAGAAACCGGAGGUACCGAUCAGAAAUGAACAACAUCGGAUUCCCAGAAAGCCUGUGUCUUCGUCUUCAUCAGAUGGUACAAUCGUCCGAAGACCAGUCAGCGAGAUUAUUAGCCCACCAACCCCUGGAGUCGACGACACACCAUAUAUUCAAUUCGCAAUCGACCAAUUGACUCGGGAUGAGGAAGUGGCAGGCUUGCGACAUCCAGGUAAUUCGUCAACCUAUCCUGUCGAAAGGAUCAUACCCGAUGAAGGUUUGGGAUACUAUGGUACCAGACAGCAAGGGCAACCUCUUCGCCCACAAGACACGCGAACGGAAUCACCUCCAACAGAGAAUAUACUACACUCUACAAAACCUACGACUGAAACUUUCAGACACCCCAAGCUCAACUUUGUCCCUCACUCUCUACAAUUCGUAUCCCUCGGUGCCCUCAUCUUCUGCUGCCUCUUCAUGAUCGCGGGCCUCCUCUUCUGCGCCAUCUAUCCCUACAGUCACCUCGGCUUAUGGCAAUACGACGGCACGGGUACAAGCCGUUACUUCGUCUUCGAAUACUUGCCUACGCUUCUUGCGAGCUUCAUUAUCAUCUGGCUUCAAAUCAUUCAAUCUGCAAUGCAUCGAGUUGUCCCAUUUAUGAUAUUAUCAUCUGGACGGAGCAUCGGAAAUUCUGGAGUUCUACACGACAUGACGCUUUUUCCUGUUACUUAUCUGAUACCCAAUUUGUCUUUUUUCAGCUACCAAGAGCCUCUGCUAGGCCUGUGCUCUAUAAUCUUUUGGCUCGAGAUUUUUACAUUACCACUGCAGAGCUGCUUAUUCCAAACGCGAUACUACAACUCAGAGAACAUUUGGAGGUGGACAGCGGUCCAGCCGAUAGCGUGGACAUUGUUUGUUCUCUAUCUGCUACUGCUCGUCGCACUUCUACUUCUACUCGUCCGAUUCGUACCUCGCCAAACCGGACUAAAGUGGGAUCCGGUCUCCCUAGCAGACAUCCUGUCACUCUUCCAUCGAUCGAACUUCCUCUCGGACUUUGCGCGUUCCGAAAUGCAUACUUCUUCUAUUCGCCAACACACAGCGAAGCAUCUCAGGCUCGGCUACUGGAAUACAUCGAAACAGGCAAACGAAGCAUUCUACGGCAUCGGAGAGGAGAACGCACCUGUUCCACGAUUCUCACUAGAACAGGGCAAAAUUGCACCAAACACGGGCCAUGAUCUGGAAGCACAGGAGCCCAUGAAGGCCUCCACAUUCGACACUCUGAAGGACGUCCAUGAUCUGGCUUUAAGAUACAGAUGGACACCUUGGUUUCUCAGAGACGGCAUGGUGGUCGCCUGGAUCGUCAUCGCCAUCGUCUUAAUGAUCGCCUUCAUUGUGGUCAGCUUCGUCAACCACGCCGUCCAACGGGGCUUUCUUCCUCUCCUCCCCGCUCCAACGACGACUGAAGGCUUCUCUCCGGCCGACUUCCUCUACAGCUUUAUACCCUCCUUAAUUGGCAUGCUACUCUUCCUCCUCUGGCAGCCCGUCGAUCUCUACUUCCGAGCGCUCCAACCAUUCGCUUCCCUCGCCCACCGCGACGGUGCUUCAGCUGAACAAUCCCUCCUCCUGGACUACACGGCAUGCCUACCAAUCGAAGUCACCAUCAAAGCCCUUCUCAAUCGCCACUACAAACUUGCCUACAUAUCAUUCAUCAGCCUCCUCUCCCUCACCUUGCCCGUCCUAGCAGGCGGGAUAUUUACUGCCCAAUUCGUCGUUGAAAGGCAAGACAUCCGAGUCAUAGCCAGUAUGCCAGGCUACUACGCUCUCGUUCUCUUCGUCGUCAUCUACGCCGUCUCAUUCAUCGUCAUCUGGCCCACGCGGAAACGCCGUUUGCCGCACGAUAUCAGCACGCUCGGACAGCUCGUCAGCUUCGUCUAUCAGAGCCCGCUUCUCAUGGAAACGGCGUUUGCAGAGCCGACGAGCAAGACCGAUCUGGUGACCAAGUUGUUAGGGACGCCAGCUGGGGAGAAGGAGACACCGAGGUAUGCGUUUAAAGUGUAUGUGGGUAGAGAUGCGAAAGAACACCUGGGUAUCGAUAGGCUGGAGAGAUUCACGAGAUUUACGGCAAGGGGGAGGAUAGACCAUUUGAGAACCGGCAGCCCGAGACAUGGUGACUUGGCUUGA